AAGAAUAUUUUUUCCCUACUUGCUUGGGUUGAUUGCUUUGAGUUUUCUGUGAGAAAUAUUAUUUUCUUGCAGUUUCAAACAAUCAUUUCAGGUUGGCGUCGAUUGCUUCCACGCAAUUGAGCAAAAAAAACAUUAGUUUAUGUUUCUUGAUCUUCAAGAGAAGCCUGAAGAAGGCGACAAUGGCGGGAUCCCUUUGUCCGAAAGGAAACAUUCGUCGCCAGAAAGCUCGAAGAACGAAGAGAAGACGUUAAAGAAGCCCGACAAGAUACUUCCUUGCCCACGAUGUAAUAGUAAGGAAACCAAGUUUUGUUACUACAACAAUUACAACGUGAACCAGCCCCGUCAUUUCUGCAAAAACUGUCAGAGAUACUGGACCGCCGGCGGAGCCAUGCGGAACGUUCCGGUCGGCGCCGGCCGUCGUAAAACUAAAAGCUCGUCUUCCUCCGCCGCCGCCGCCGCUUUGCAUUACCAUCAUCAUGUUACGAUAUCUGAAGCUAUCCUUGGAGCUCAAGCCAGUGCUGUUCUCACGUUUGGUAAUUCUUCUCAUUUGCCUCCGCCAGCGGCUCUUUACCGUCCCGGCUUUCCGGCAACCUUCUACUCGCCUGCCCUGGGGAAACAUUCCAGGGACGAAGAAGACAGCAUUGAACCGGAGAACGGAGCUUCGAAUCCGAAAGCUUUGAGGAUCGACGACACCAACGUGACCGCGAAAAGCUCGAUGGUGGCGGCCCUCAUGAUCAAAACCAAGAACACCAUGAAUUCAGGAGGUAUCAUCGACGGCUUCCGAUCGAAAACCGGCGACGACGACAGAAAUUAUCGACUGAGAACAUUCUCGGUGCUGCAAGCGAACCCCGCAGCCUUGUUUCGAUCACUCGACUUCCAUGAAAACACAUGAAAGGAGGAGAUGGACAAUAUAGCUAAUAGCA